UUUUCUGAAGGCACCUUCCGGGUCCCUUAACCCGGGUGUCUAUGUCCAAGCUGCCAUGAGGCGAAUAAACACCGAGGGGGUUUAUUUGUCCCCAUCAGAAUCCCCGAAUUCCUAACAGCUGGUCUCCGCUACUUCGGUUCCUCGGCUGCGUUCGGACGCCAGGGCUGGGCGGGGCCCCGGCCUCGGGAGCCCUUCCUGUGGACGACGAAAGCUGAGGCCGGGAGCGGGGAGGCGGUGGCACCGGGGACAAGGCGGCCGCUGCUCGGGGCCGGGAAGCCCCAUGGCGCCGCCCCCAGCUCCACUUCUGGCGCUGAGGCCGGGGGAGACCCGCACUGGUUGUAAGAAGCCCGUGGCCGUGAGCUUCGCGGACGUGGCUGUAUACUUCUCCCCGGACGAGUGGGGGUGUCUGCGGCCCGCGCAGAGGGCGCUGUACCGGGACGUGAUGCGGGAGACCUACGGCCACCUGGGCGCGCUCGGAUUCCCAGGCCCCAAACCAGCCCUCAUCUCUUGGAUGGAACAGGAGAGUGAGGCUUGGAGCCCCGCCGCCCAGGAUCCUGAGGAGAGGGAAAGCCUGGGAGGAGCUCUGAGAGGAGAGGCCCCAAACAAGAAGGAAGAGGAACCCAAGGAAGGGCCAGGAGCCAAGGGACCCAGAAAGACUUCUGGGAAGGAGUGGCCUAAAGAGCUGAUUCAGCACAACCCUGACCCAACCAUCAGCAAGGCCUUGGCAAGAGCACAACCACCCAUGAAAGCUGCCUGGGACCAGAGCACAGGUGUGCAGCCCCCGGUCCCAGUGCCCAGCGUGGAUGCUCCCACCAGCCAGCGGCGCCACGUGUGUGCAGACUGUGGCCGCCGUUUCACCUACCCCUCGCUGCUGGUCAGCCACCGGCGCAUGCACUCUGGUGAGCGGCCCUUCCCCUGCCCCGAGUGUGGCAUGCGUUUCAAGAGGAAAUUCGCAGUGGAAGCACACCAGUGGAUCCACCGCUCCUGCUCUGGAGGGCGGCGGGGCAGGAGGCCUGGGAUCCGGGCUGUGCCUCGGGCCCCAGUCCGGGGUGACCGGGACCCGCCUGUGCUGUUCCGGCACUACCCAGACAUCUUUGAGGAAUGCGGGUGAGCAGCUCCUGCAGGCUGGGGUUGAGCCUGACCUCGGCGCUAAGGACUGACUGGGUCAGGGAUCUGGGAACCAAAAUUCAUCCUUUGGGCUUCCCUCAAGGAUCCCUCAAGUAUCCAAACUUGUAUAAAGAAAAGUGCCUGUAAAGAUUCAAAUAGAUUAAACUUGACACCCCUCUCCCCAGUCUUUCUAGAAAAAUGAAGAGAGUGAGAUGCUGGACCUCUCUCAAGUGUUAUCUCAGUAGCAGGUGCAACCAACAUCUUUCCAUUGUGUCAAAAAAAAAAAAAAAAUCCCCUUGUUGCUUAUCUACAUCAGAGGUAACUGCAGAGGGGGACUAAGACUUGGAGAGGGGGCCCCAGAUGGAGGAGGGCAUGGACAAGCCCCAGCUAACUGACGCCAGCAGGAAGCCCAGGAAGUGAAGUGGGUGGAAAGAGUGGAAAGCACCUGGCACAGAUCUAGUCUCUGCAGCUUGCCCCAAGGCACAGCUGGUAUGUCACACACCCGCCCUGAGCUCAGCUCCCUCAUCUGUAAAAUAAGGAUCAAUUAUAUCUACCUCAAAGGGUUACGGUGAAGACUGAAAUUUUAACAUCAUAUGUAUGACAUAGUAAAUGUGCAAUAAACAUUUGUUGAGUGAA